UUCAUUCUGCGCUCGCUCGCUCGCUCGUCCGUCGUGCUCGCCGUCUGUGCACUGCUGCUGCUGCUUCUGCUGCGUCUGAGUCUUCGUCUUCGUGGGGCUGAGAAGGGCGACGAGGUCUGAGUGGCUCUGUCGGCCUCUGAGUGUGCCUGUGCCUGUGCCUGUCGUCAGUCGGUCAGAGAGGAAAGAGCACCCUACGACGACGACGACGACUCGAUCGCUCGGUUUGUUGUUUGUGCCUUGCUUCGUUCCUUUGGUUUUGCAGGUGCAGUUGCGCUUCUUCGUCGUCCCGCUGUUGAUGUUGUCGUUGCCAUCUCUGGGUGCUCCCUUUCGAAGCAGUGGGCGGAGGGCUCGACUGUCAGUGUUGGUGUUGGUGUGAUCAUUUGUUUCGACGUGGGGAAGGAAGAGAGGCGGGGAAGUAGUCGGGGUUGCGAGGCCUAGGCUCGGUGGUGGUGGUGGGAGUGGGAGAACGAGUCCACGAUUGGGUUCAUCGGGUUUCAUUCCAGCGCGUGGUGGUGGUCGGCGGAUUCCGUGUCUUACUUUGGUUUGGGGUUUCUCUUCCACAGAGAGGAGUUUAGAGGAGAAGGUUGCCGUCAUCGCGCGAGUUUAGAGAGGGUUGAUAUCAGUGGAUGAAGGGUUUGGCGAAGUGGUGAAGGGUAGUAAUUGUUAGGAGGAGGCGUCUUCGCUGGAUUCGAGAAGAAGAUUCGAUAGGGUUGGCGAGGAGAUUGUGGAAGAGUGGAUCGUGGAGUGAGGAGUUACCUGAUCGUUGCAUUUAGCGAUUUCCGGUUGUUCUCGUUUCGGUUACUGUCUUGGGCUUCAGUUCUCGUGACAGUAGCAUCCGACAGUUGCUACGGUGUGACACAUAAGUGGUCUGUGGAUCUGCGGGUCGAAGCUGUAUGAACUGAAGGGAAGUGGACAAUGGCUGAGAGAGCGUGCGUGCAGAGACUUCAGAAAGAGUUCAGGUCUUUGUGCAAGGAACCUGCUCCACAUAUUCUGGCACGGCCACUUCCUACGGAUAUUUUGGAAUGGCAUUAUGUUUUGGAGGGCAGUGAGGGAACUCCAUUUGAAGGUGGUGUUUACCAUGGCAAAGUCAAGUUCCCACCCGAGUACCCUUACAAACCUCCCGGCAUCAGUAUGAUUACACCAAAUGGACGAUUUGCCACACACAAGAGAAUCUGCAUGUCCAUGAGUGACUUCCAUCCAGAGACCUGGAAUCCAAUGUGGUCCGUUUCGAGUAUCCUCACAGGUCUUCUGUCCUUUAUGAUGGAUAAUACUCCGACGACUGGAAGCGUGUCCACCACCAAUGAGGAGAAGCAGCGACUUGCACGGGCUUCUUUGGCAUACAACUGCAAGAGUGCCGUUUUUCGCAAAAUGUUUCCAGAGUAUGUCGAGAAGCACGCCGAGAGGCAGAGAGCUGCAGAACUAGUUGCAGAGCAGGUACAAAAACAAGAUGAGUCUCCUCUUCAAGAGAAGCCUGCAUCACGAGUGGCACCUGCUCAAAAUGGGAAUGGAACAGAUGUUCAGGUGCAAGCAUGGAAACAAAUCUCGUAAGAUAUUACCUUGGGCAUGGUGUGGACAAGGGACUUUUCAACUCAUGAACCACUUUGCCAGAACACAUCUUUUUUGGUCUGAGAAACCACAACGAGCUGUGAAUACAGGGACAUCGCGGCACUCAAAUGCACUCAACCUCCCAAAGAACGAAAGUGAAAAUUAUGAAAGAGCUACGUGUGACAUCGAACUAUAAUUUGUCAAAAUCAGAAUAUACUUCUAAAGUUAUCAUUAUUAUCGAAUCUAGAAGUGCAUUGACUCAUCGACACAGUCUAAUACACUCAAAACAUAUUAGUUUUAUCAUAUUCUCAUAGAUAGACUGUACUUUUCAUUGUCUCUUAACGUUAAUAACACAAUACUAAAAUAUGGUCGAUAUGUGCAAAAACAGUUACACCAAGUAUCGGUUGUGGGAGCAAUAUUAUCUAGAGAGGCAACUAUGUUUAUCAUUUUCACACGCAUACAUCUUGCCUGCUUUCAUGAAACCAUGUUCUCAAAUAACGACUGCUGGUAUUUCAGAUAUGAGUACUUGCAACUACAAAAAUUUAUUUAACUUAGCUUCACAUUCAAAUUAGAGUCUUAGGCUAUUUGAGUUUUAC